CCACAGUGCGCCGUGUGGCUCCUCGUUUCUCCAUCCCUCCCAGCAGCCAGGAGGUGAUGCCCGGUGGCAGCGUGAACCUGACUUGUGUUGCGGUGGGCGCGCCCAUGCCCUACGUGAAGUGGAUGAUGGGGGCCGAGGAGCUCACCAAGGAGGAUGAGAUGCCGGUCGGCCGCAAUGUGCUGGAGCUCAGCAAUGUCGUGCGCUCUGCCAAUUACACCUGCGUGGCCAUCUCCUCUCUAGGCAUGAUCGAGGCCACAGCCCAGGUCACAGUGAAAGCUCUGCCGAAACCUCCGAUUGACCUCGUGGUGACAGAGACGACUGCCACCAGCGUCACCCUGACCUGGGACUCUGGGAACUCCGAGCCUGUGUCCUACUAUGGCAUCCAGUACCGUGCGGCAGGUGCGGAGGGGCCCUUCCAGGAGGUGGAUGGCGUAGCCACCACCCGCUACAGCAUUGGCGGCCUCAGCCCUUUCUCGGAGUACGCCUUCCGCGUGCUGGCGGUGAACAGCAUUGGCCGAGGAGCGCCCAGCGAGGCGGUGCGGGCCCGCACGGGGGAGCAGGCGCCCUCCAGCCCCCCGCGCCGCGUGCAGGCACGCAUGCUGAGCGCCAGCACCAUGCUGGUGCAGUGGGAGCCGCCCGAGGAGCCCAACGGCCUGGUGCGAGGCUACCGCGUCUACUACACGCCCGACUCCCGCCGCCCCCUGAGCGCCUGGCACAAGCACAACACAGAUGCGGGGCUUCUCACCACCGUGGGCAGCCUGCUGCCUGGUAUCACCUACAGCCUGCGCGUGCUGGCCUUCACGGCCGUGGGCGACGGCCCUCCCAGCCCCACCAUCCAGGUCAAGACGCAGCAGGGAGUGCCUGCCCAGCCGGCGGACUUCCAGGCGGAGGCGGAGUCGGACACCAGGAUCCAGCUCUCAUGGCUGCUGCCCCCGCAGGAGCGGAUCGUCAAGUAUGAACUGGUGUACUGGGCAGCAGAGGAUGAAGGCCAGCAGCACAAGGUGACCUUCGAUCCCACCUCCUCCUACACCCUAGAGGACCUGAAGCCUGACACACUGUACCACUUCCAGCUGGCCGCCCGUUCCGAGAUGGGGGUGGGCGUCUCCACCCCCACCAUUGAGGCCCGCACGGCACAGUCCACCCCCUCUGCCCCUCCCCAGAAGGUGACCUGUGUGAGCACGGGCUCCACCACAGUCCGGGUAAGUUGGGUCCCGCCGCCGGCCGCCAGCCGCAACGGUGUCAUCACCCAGUACUCGGUGGCCUACGAGGCAGUGGACGGCGAGGACCGAGGGCGGCAUGUGGUGGAGAGCAUCGGUCGCGAGCACUCCAGCUGGGACCUGGUGGGCCUGGAGAAGUGGACGGAGUACCGGGUGUGGGUGCGGGCGCACACAGACGUAGGCCCCGGCCCGGAGAGCAGCCCAGUGCUAGUGCGCACAGACGAGGACGUGCCCAGUGGGCCACCACGGAAGGUAGAGGUGGAGCCACUGAAUUCCACGGCUGUGCAUGUCUCUUGGAAGCUGCCCGUCCCCAGCAAGCAGCAUGGCCAGAUCCGCGGCUACCAGGUCACCUAUGUGCGGCUAGAGAACGGCGAGCCCCGCGGCCCACCCAUCAUCCAGGACGUCAUGCUGGCGGAGGCCCAGUGGCGGCCAGAGGAGUCCGAGGACUAUGAAACCACCAUCAGCGGCCUGACCCCAGAGACUACCUACUCCGUUACCGUCGCCGCCUACACCACCAAGGGGGAUGGUGCCCGCAGCAAGCCCAAAAUUGUCGCAACGACGGGGGCAGGUGAGUGA